CCCUAUCCCCUUUUAUUUUGGUUCAGUUCCUUAUCUAAAAAAGCUAACUUGAAAAGAUCUAAGAAACCUCUCUUAGUUGUAGCAAUGCUUAUAGAGGGCUCUCUGUUUAGAUGACAGAAAUGCAUUAAAACCGUAGGGGGCCUCUGAGUACAUUCUGCUUGGCCCGAAGGGCUUGCUAAAUACUCCUUAGUCAAAUAGUACUUUGGAUACUCUAAAAAAGGACCUGUUUAGAAAUUUGUAGUUAAUUAAAGUGCAUAACCCAAACCGGUGAUAAUGUUACUUAAACUUGCUAUAAUCUUGAUCUACCCUACUAGAAGAGAGACAGACAACUUUCGUGAUGGUAAAGGACAAAUAUCGAGUGGGCUGUGCUCUCUGCAUCUCAGCACUGCAACUGUAAUCAUUUCACAUUCCAUUGUUUUUUAACAAAGCCUUCAAAAAACUAAAACUUUCCUCUACUGUUUCCAAGUCAGGCUCUACUCUGCAGACUGUCCUGUAUUUCUGUGACAAAUAAAAGCAGACCAGCUCUGACUCAGAAGUUGUCUGCUCUUCAGGGGAGCCCUGCCUUGGAGUGAUGCUACUCAAAGACUCUUUCCUUCCUGCAGAUGUCUUUCAGGAGUCUCAGUUGUAUGGAUUAAUUUUAUGUUCUUGUAUUUGUUUGCAUUAUUUUCAAGACUACUGAACUAAGAAGAAAAAAGUCCUAGUGGUGGCAGGUUUUUCUCCCCCCUUACAAAGAGUCAUGGGAUCUACUUAAAGAUCACUGCUCUGUUUUUGCAGUCUGCACUAGAAAUGUUUGUCGGGGGCUCAUUCAGCCUUUGCACAGGAGGGUAGGCUGUGCAGCAUUAGGCAGAUAACACUGCUGGCAUGUGUUCUCAGUGUGGAAGACAGGAACAAGGAAGCUAAAUGUAAAGUCAUGCCUGAAGCUAAAGCAGAAUCAUUGUUAUGAAACUGGUUGUAAAGUUUUUCUUUGGUUUGGGUUUGUUUGUUUUAUUGGGGUUUUUUUCCUUCCUUUUUGUAGACCUUUCCUGUGCUUUGAGCAUGAAGUCAUUGCCUCAUUUGUAGAACGCUGGGCUCUGCUGGGGGUUUUAACUAUGGAGAUAAUGUAGAAGUGCUCCAUCUGACAGAGGUUAUGAGAACUGGUGCUGGCUUAAUGUUCAAUUCCCAAUGCCUCUUUCCUGUCUUGUUGAUGUGCAAGAACUUGGUGGUGGCAACUUUUGCUUUUUUUCCCUGAUGUCAGCAUAUGAUUUAUCUUUAGUUAUACAGCUCAUUUCAUCCACAGACAGUAAGAAGCAUACAACAGGAGGUCUCAGGUAAACCAAUAUCUGUUGAGUUUAUUCUCUUCCAGGUUUCCAGUCCCAGUAAGUUUCAUGAGUGAGUCUCCCAGUGACAUCCAAAGUGGCUGCUAUCCCUUUGGAAGCCAUGUAUCUCCAGAAAUUUUCCUCUGGCAAGAUUGAAUAUUUCAAUGGACACUGCUUAAGAUCGAGGAGAAAAAACAUGCCUCACUGUUCAGACUCAAGCUUUGACAAAAGCAUGGAAAUCCUAAGUGAAAAUGUCAGUCGACACUUUUCGAGGCAGUUGGCAAAACCAAAAUCAGGCCCAAAAAGGGAGGACUAUAAAGAAGUGUCCAAAACACUGAAGACCAGAGCUGACUCAAAAGCUGCAGAGCAAGUCCAUGAAGAAAAUGGAGAUUUGGAGGUUCGCCGCAGCUGCAGACUUCGACAAAGCCGUUACAGCACUACAAAUGAAUCUGCUUUGUUUGACAAACUUAUAACAAAUACUGCAGAAGCAGUCUUGCAGAAAAUGGAUGACAUGGAGAAGAUGCGUAGACGGCGAAGGAUGGGAGACUUGGAGGAGUUCCACGACACAGAAGAAGAAAGCCUUGAUAUGGAAAGGACUGAUGAAGAAAUAGCUGAUAAUCAAGGGGGUUCCUCAGAAGAAAGUGAAGCCAAAGAAGAUGAUGGUGAGGACAAUCAAAAGCGUUACUCCUUUCGGCAGAGGAAAACUGUGGAACGCUAUCAAGCUCCAUUGCAAAAACCAAGACAACGUAAGAUGUAUUUUUCAGACAGGCCUUCACCUGUCAGACAGAGAGAUUCAUGCAAGGGAGCUAACAGACAGAGACAUGCAGUCCCCAGCAGUGAUUCCUCUUCCUCAUCUGAUGAUGAAGAGGAUUUUGAGAGGCAGAGGAAGAACAGAAAUUUAAGAAGGUCUCUUCCUACCAACUUUCGGAAAAGUGACUUAAAGGGAGUUCACAAAGAUCGCAUGAAAAUCGGAGGCAGUCUGGCUGAUGUUGAUCCAGUGCAAAUAGAUUGUUCAGUACGAUUUGAUGGUGUUGGUGGUCUUGCUGACCACAUUUCAGCUUUAAAAGAAAUGGUUGUUUUUCCAUUGCUUUAUCCAGAAGUCUUUGAGAGGUUCAAAAUUCAACCUCCAAGAGGCUGUCUAUUCUAUGGCCCACCAGGGACUGGAAAGACAUUGGUUGCUCGUGCACUUGCUAAUGAAUGUAGCCAAGGUGACAGGAGAGUAGCCUUUUUUAUGAGAAAAGGUGCUGACUGCCUGAGUAAAUGGGUUGGGGAAUCAGAACGACAGCUUCGUUUGUUAUUUGAUCAGGCCUACCAGAUGCGACCUUCAAUUAUUUUCUUUGAUGAGAUCGAUGGUCUUGCUCCUGUACGGUCCAGUAAACAAGACCAAGUUCAUAGCUCUGUUGUAUCAACACUUCUGGCACUUAUGGAUGGCUUAGACAGCAGAGGAGAGGUUGUGGUAAUUGGAGCCACCAACAGGCUGGAUUCUAUAGAUCCUGCUUUACGAAGACCGGGACGCUUUGAUCGAGAGUUUCUCUUCAGCUUACCAAACAAAGAGGCAAGAAAAGAGAUUUUCAAAAUUCACACACGAGACUGGACCCUGAGGCCACUGGACAAGUUUCUUGAAGAGCUGGCUGAGAAAUGUGUCGGAUACUGUGGUGCUGAUAUUAAAGCCUUAUGUGCUGAAGCUGCACUCUGUGCUUUGCGCCGCCGCUAUCCUCAGAUCUAUGAAAGGAGUGAGAAACUGGAGUUAGACAUCUCUUCAAUUAAAAUAACAGCAAAGGAUUUUGUCAUGGCCAUGCAGAAGACUGUUCCAGCUUCACAGAGGGCUGUGGCUUCACCUGGGCGAGCACUGUCACCUAUUUUAAAACCACUACUAGAAAACACCUUGGAAAGAAUUCUACAAGCCUUACAGAGAGCAUUUCCCCAUGCAGAGCUUGCACUGAAGAAGGACCAACAGCAAGGGAAUGAUGUGAUUGACAGUGAAGAGGAAUCACCAUCAAUCUUUGAAGAGAAUCCAACUCAGAAAAUGCCUGAUUGUGAAAAAGCAGAAUUCCUCACUUUAAACAGAAAUCCUCGUUGCCAGCCAACAUCUUUCAGGCCACGGUUCUUACUAGUUGAAGAUCCAGGGUGUGGGCAGGCUUUUCAUCUGGCACCUGCAGUAAUCCAUGCCCUGGAGAAGUUUCCUGUUUAUACACUAGACCUGCCUGCUUUGUUUGUUAGCAUCACAUCCCCAGAAGAAACAUGUGCACAGUUGAUGCGAGAAGCCCAAAGAACAGCACCAAGUAUCAUUUAUGUCCCACAAAUCACUUUGUGGUGGGAGACUGUUGGAACUACAGUGAAAGCUGUUUUUAUGACACUACUGCAGAACAUUCCAACAUUUGCUCCAGUUCUGCUCCUUGCAACAACUGAUGUGAAACAUAGAGAUCUCCCAGAAGAGAUAAAAGCUUUAUUUAAUGAUGAUUGUGAAGAAGUUUUCAAAAUUCAGUGGCCUACCUGUGCUGAAAGAAGAAGUUUUUUUGAGGACUUAGUUAUGAAGCAAGCUGCUGAACCUCCUGCAUCAAAAAACAACUCAGCUCGGCGGCCAUUGGAAGUUCUGCCUGUAGCACCACCACCUAAGCCUCGCCAACUGACAGAGGAAGAAAUGAAACAACUGGAGGAGCAGGAAGAGGAUACAUUGCGUGAACUGAGGAUUUACUUAAGGGAUGUGACCCACAGACUUGUCAUUGACAGACGUUUCAGGGCAUUCACAAAGCCUGUUGACCCAGAGGAGGUACCUGAUUACAAUGCUGUUAUUAAAAAACCCAUGGACCUCUCCACAGUUCUGUCCAAGAUUGACAUGCACCAGUACCCAACUGCAAGAGACUUUCUAAAAGACAUUGAUCUAAUCUGUAGCAACGCUUUAGAGUACAACCCAGUUAAAGAUCCUGGAGAUCGUCUCCUUAGGCACAGAGCCUGUGCUUUGAGAGAUACUGCCUAUUCCAUAGUGAGGGAGGAAAUGGAUGAAGAAUUUGAACAAAGAUGCCAAAAAAUCAAAGAAUCUCGUAAGCAAAGAGGUUCAGACUGUGCUUCCUCUCACUUCUGUGUAAUGCCAAAGGAGGACUGUGUUCCUGGAUGUAAGAAAACAGACCCAAAGUGUAAUGAAAAAUUGAAGAUGCCAGGAAGGCCUGUGGAUGUCAGUACCCCCUAUUCUAAAGAUAAGUCAAGAAGAAAACGCAGAAGGAAUAGAGGGUCUUCAAGUCUUGCAGUGAAGAGGAGGAAUAUUCAGUUCAAUAAAGAGAAUAAAAUUCCUGAAGACCAAAAUGAAGUAGAGAGUAAUGAAGAGUCUAACACAGAUUGCAAUGAAUUUGCAUCUUCUCAGGAUACUUUUAUUGAAGAACAUGAAAAUGUACUUCAAGAACGACAGAAAAAUGGGACAGAAAAUGAAAGAGAGAGAGUUCUCCUUGUGGGUAAAUCUCCUUCUGGAAAAAAGAGAGAACAUUCAGACCUAAGAGAGCAGAGUGAGAUGCCAGAUUGUCAAAAAGCUGGAACUUCUGAAGAUGGAGGUUCAAAUAAUUUGUGGGUACACCGUAUGACUCGUACAAGAUCUUCUCAGGUGGAAGAGAAACAGCUGGGAUGUGUUGGGAAGGCAGUGAAAACUGGCACACAGAGAGUGUUUGUGGAUUACUGUGAACUCAAACGAGUGUUGCAUUCUAUUGCCGUGGUAACUGAGAACGUCAGUAUAUUUCGCAUGGAAAAACUAUAUGCUGUCCUUAGCCAGUGCAUUUACCAACAUCGGGAAGAUGGUGACAAAAAUGAAUUAGUAAAGGCAAUGAAGAAAGAAAUUACAGCCUUCAGUUAUCCAUGAUACUUGAUUUCAGCAUCCUUGAUGCACUCUGUAAUGUUUUCUUUUUAUUGCAUGCUGUUUUUUCUUUGCAUUGUUCAAUAAAUACUAGGUCUACAUAUAUGUAUUUAUACAAAUAUAUCUUAAAAUUUAUUAAGAAAGCUCAAAUAAAGUCAUUUAAUGACUUAUAUUUGAUAUUUCCCUUUUAGAUAUGUAUAUAUUGUGACAUACUGCUGUGAUUGCCUUUGAAACUCAGCAGAGCUGAAUAGAUAAUUUCAGUACCUCUCUUUAAAAGAAAAUGUAACUUGAAACAAAGCAAGAUUUACUACUGUAACUUCACCUUAGAAAGUUUAAUCAUGCUUGUAAUAAUGACAAUACUGGAGAAAAGCAGUUUAAUACAAAUUGUUAGUUCAUCAGAUGGCAUGUAAUUGAAUUCAGCUGUAAAUAGUUUUUUAGUUACUGGGAAAGAACUAUAUCUGUUUAUUACACAAAAGUGAGUAUAUUAUUGGUGAUAAAUAUAUUGAAGUAAAAGCAAAGCAGCACUCUGUUUUGAAGAAGUUUCUCUUCAAACCUGCAGAGAACAUUUAUCUGUUAACUUGAUAGUUAUUUAAAAAAGAGCAUAAGACAAAGUUUAACUAUGUGAGAAUAAAAUCUUAUAUAGUGAUAGAACAUGUGGUAUGACCCUUUGCUCUUCUGUUCUGUCACCUCACAUGCACAACAUGUGGCGAUACUGAAUGCCAAACUGUGCAAUCCCUCUUUGUGUGUGUUUGGUUUCUUACCUCUGUCACUAGUGUUCUCUUUUUGUGUCCUUUUCCUGUGUUUGUUCAAACUUUGUGCUAUGCAGAUUUUUAUUUUCUCUGUAUUGUUUGGUGGAUAUUAAUAAAAAAUUCAUCUUUCUA